AUGAAAGAUAGCGGAGUGGGUGGCUUAGAAGCGCCCAGAGCUCCUCCCCGGCUCCAAUUCGAUGCAGUCAAGCCGUCACACUUGGCGGCAGCAGCAGCAUCAGCGGCAGCACCCCGGGCUCUUCCGUCACCAGUGAUCGGUACGGAGGCCAAGGCGGGCAGUGACACAACCACAAAAUGGAACACCAAAAACCUGGGCCUUCGGCUCGGUGCCGACUUUCUCGGCGCCGCCUCAGCCGCCGCGCUCGUGGCCCCAAUAAUAUCCAUCAUCGACCGCUCCAUAAUGGAAAACGCCUCCGGCCGCCGCCCGCUCGUCGACUCCCUCAAAGCCUCUUUCCAAACCCUGCUCCGCACCCCUCACCGCAUCAUCCUCUCCAAGCCCUUCGCCCUCAUCUUCACCCUCUACGGCGGCACCUACCUCACCGCCAACACGCUCGACACCGCCACCUCCACCAGGCACUCCCUCCCCGCCAACCACGUCACGUCGGGCACCGCCAAAUUCGCCGCCUCCUCCGCCGCCAACAUCGGCCUGUGCAUCUACAAAGACCAAGUCUUCGUGCGGCUCUUCGGGCCCCCCGGCAUCGCCCCGCGACCCGUGACCCUUCCCAGCUACAUGCUCUUCGCGGCGCGCGACUGCCUGACCAUCUUCGCGUCGUUCAACGUGCCGCCGCUGCUGGGGCCCGCGCUGUCGCGCCGGGUGGGCGACGAGGUGCAGCGCUACGUGUCGGGCCAGACGAUGGCGCAGUCCGCGGCGCCGGCUGUGGUGCAGCUCGCGAGCACGCCGGUGCAUCUGUGGGGGCUGGAUAUUUAUAAUCGGCCCGGGGUGGGCGGGUGGCGGGAGAGGUGGGCUGUCGUUGAAGCAAGAAUUGGGGCGGUGAGCACGGCGGCAAGGAUAUGUAGGAUCGUGCCGGCUUUUGGGGUGGGGUGGGGGUGGUGA